CAGGAGAGGCCAGGGUGGAGAAGGAGCGAGGGCCUGCUCCGAGAAGCCCCGACUGGGGGCCAUGGGGGGACAGGUGAGGCUACCGCCUGGAGAGCCCUGCCAAGAAGGCUACCUACUGUCUCUGCUCUGCCCGAACUCCUCCCAGGCCUGGUGUGAGAUCACAAACGUGUCACAGCCCCUGGCUUUUCCUGUCCUCUACAGGGACCUGAAUUCCAGCGUAAGCAACUGGAGCGUUUCUGCAAAAGUCGAAAACAAAUACAGUCUGUAUGUGGGCCUGUUGCUGGCAGUCAGUUCCAGUAUUUUUAUUGGCUCCAGCUUCAUAUUGAAAAAGAAGGGCCUCUUGCAACUGGCCAAGAAGGGCGUUACCAGAGCUGGACAAGGUGGACAUUCUUACCUCAAGGAAUGGCUCUGGUGGGCAGGAUUACUCUCAAUGGGAGCCGGAGAAGCGGCCAAUUUUGCAGCUUAUGCUUUUGCACCUGCCACCUUGGUCACCCCACUGGGUGCUCUGAGUGUUCUCAUAAGUGCAGUAUUGUCUUCCUACUUUCUAAAUGAGCACUUGAACAUUCAUGGGAAAAUAGGCUGCAUAUUAAGUAUAUUGGGGUCAACUAUGAUGGUUAUCCAUGCCCCACAAGAAGAGGAAGUCACCUCUUUGCAUGAAAUGGAAAUGAAAUUGAGAGACCCAGGAUUUAUCUCCUUUGCUGUGAUCAUAAUUGUGAUCUCGUUGGUGCUGAUUUUGAUCGUGGCUCCCAAGAAGGGACAGACCAAUAUAUUGGUCUACAUUUCAAUCUGUUCAUUAAUUGGAGCAUUUUCAGUUUCUUCUGUCAAGGGCCUGGGAAUUGCCAUUAAGGAACUAUUGGAAUGGAAACCAGUUUACAAGCAUCCCCUGGUCUUCGUUUUGCUGGCUGUACUCGUGCUCUCAGUGACGACACAGAUUAACUAUCUCAACAAGGCACUGGACACCUUUAAUACAUCUCUUGUGACUCCCAUUUAUUAUGUGCUCUUCACGUCCAUGGUAGUAACUUGCUCCGCCAUCUUAUUCCAAGAAUGGUAUGGCAUGAAAGCUGGAGAUAUCAUCGGGACCCUGAGUGGGUUCUUCACCAUUAUCAAUGGCAUCUUCCUUCUACACGCAUUUAAGCAUACUGACAUUACCUGGAGUGACCUGACAUCCACUACUCAGAAAGAAGUCCUCUCUCUGAAUGGUGGUGAAAACAAAUAUGUCUUACUAGAGAAUACAGAAUGUUCAACCCCAGGACUCAGUGAUGACAUUACCUUGUUUAGCAGGACUGAUGAUCAAAGUCUCUAGAAACCCUAAACUUAAACCACAUAAGACACUUGGAAAGGGUAAGAAAGGUCUGAUUUUUUUUUUGAAGAACUGUUAGGGGGGAAAAAAAAGGCCUUCCUUUGGGCCAUCAAAUUUGAAAAUCAAGGUUUGGAUCCUCCUCCAGAAGACUUCUACUGUUUGUCAUUUCUACAAACUUGAAAUAUUCUCUAAGCACAAAAGAAGUCAAAGAGUUAUAGGAGUCUCCAAGUAAUAUCUUCUGGUCACAAUGUAUUUGUCUCUGCCAAGUGGCUCUUCAUUUCUUUGGCUGCUGUUCUUAGUAAUUCAUAGAUAAACUUAACUAUGUGCUGAUAAGCAGAGUAUCAAUCAUCAUUCCCUGAUGAGUCAUAGUUUCAAAUUAUUAAACCUGAGAAGCGAGAUUACUGGUGCUUCCCCCCCACCCUCUAUAACUUCCUUCUUUCUAAACUAGAUAGCUAAAGAGUGGAGUGUUAAAGAAAAAAUAGGCCUGCCUUGGAAAUUUGCUCCUUGGUGGGCUAGAAUGCAUAAGACACACAGCCCAUGAAGGGCUUAUGGAUUGUAAUUUAUUGCCACAUCAGAAAAAUGUAUUAACAAUUCAAAAGGGGAGAAUGGAGAAAGGAGAGAAAUACUUAAAUGAAAUACAGUGUUUUUUCUUUUCACACACACACACACACACACACAAAUACAAAUGAUUACAUUCAAGGCUUCUUUUAACUCAAACCUGAAAAAUGUAAGACAAGCUUGAGUUUCUGGAGAAGUCCAAGUGAUUUCAGCUUUAGAGUUCCUUAUACUCACUUUGUCCCUUUCUCUGUUAUCCCAAAGGUCAUUUUUCCUGUUGACAGACUUUUGUAAAAGUAACUGGUACAUUACUUUAGGAUUAUAUGGUACACCUCAAUUUUUCUCAAAUAUCUAAUCCCCAAAGGGUAAGUUUUCCACAGACUGUUUGGAAAUAAUUAGAAAAAUCUUUGCAAAAUCCUGAAUGAGUUACCGUAAUUGUUCUCUUGAAAUUUGGCACUUUCACCAUUAUUAAGGAAAUUAUAGUUAGUCACUAACCUUUUUUAAAAAUAUACAUAUCCAGGGCGCCUGGGUGGCUCAGUUGGUUGGGCGACUGCCUUCGGCUCAGG